UAUCGUUCCACGAAUCUCGGUAAACGAUGUCGAGAAAUAUGUGGAUCGUUUCGACGAAAAAAAACGCGUGCAACGCGAUCGUUUCGACCGACAAAUACGUGUCUCAUACGUUUCGUUUCACGUGAAUUUUCGCGGAGAAAAGAUAAAGCUAUCAUUGAGGGGAAACAAAGGCCAAAAAUCGAACACGAUACAAUCGCGAUAUCCAUACGAAUUCGCGAAAAUACAGAAGCACGAUCACAUCUAUCAGGUUCAUAAUCUGAGAAUAAGCUUCGUUCGAUUAAUUGACGUAUUAUGUCACAUUCCUGUACAAUCUGCCGUCGCAAACACAAAUGACUCGGAACUCUGUAUCAAUCGUCGACCGUUUGGUUGCGUCGUGAAUCGUUUUAAUCUAUUGCCAACGGCUUCAUCCGUAUCAUUCAUCAUAAUUCGUGUUACGGUGGAAUGUGGCCAACCAGAAGCAGUAUUUUCGAUAAUUUUCCUGCAAACAAGACAAAAGCCAACCGCAAUUACCCCGAAUAUGAAGAGACAUUGUGUUCGCAGCUCGCAGUCAGCGGUUCGUGCGGUUGUAUUUCGACUAAUACAGAUCGUGUGAAUAUCGUUCGCUCGAUAUUCCUAAUUUAACGAUAAGAAUAUCUUCGAUCCAUCUCCUAUGAAAACCCUGAUGAAAGAAGAAAAUCUCGUUCGUCGUGGCGUUCAGUAUAAAAUGUUGUUCGCGUGUUUGAUCGUUCUCCAAUACUCUUUGUUCCAAACCAACGUCGGAUUAAAUCAUUCCUUCAAAGUCAAAGGAAAAAUCGAUGGAAUCUCGUAUCGAUGUAAAGCUGAUCCUUGUUACCCAAACGGAUAUUAUAAAAUAUUUAUAUCAUAAAACGUGCGUAAACGUUGAAUGUUAAUGUUCAUUAAUAUUCAUAGGGGCGAAAUUGAUAAUUCAUUGUCGCUGGUAAUACGCGUUUAAUCAUAGCCGUGAAUUAGUAACGAACAAGGUAUACUAACAUCGGUGGUUAGGAGUGUGAAUUCGCACGGUAUUUACGGUGUUCCCUUAGUGUUUACGUAGAAAACAACUUGCAGCAUUCGCAGAUAUCGUUCGGCUAUAUUGUUAAUUGCCUUGUGGCAAUUAGCAAUCAAACGGUACUCAUUAGAGCGAAAUAAUGACGGAUUCGCCAAUACCGUCGGUCAGCAACAUUCAGAGUCGCACUCAUACCGCAAGCCAGUCUCAAGUUCAAACGCAAAUUCAAGAUGACAAGAACGAGAAAACGGAGAAGGCUGUUCUUUUGCAAAUUCAAGAGAUCAACAACCAAGUGGCACAAUUCCGCGAUCUGCUGAUAAACAUCGGCCAACCACGAGACUGUCCGGAACUUCGAGAGAAAAUUCGGAGAUUACGACGACAUUGCGUAGAAGCGUGUAAAAACACGUCCCAGCUCAUACUGCCACAAGUACGAAGAACAACGGAUAUCGGGAUCCCUGUUGACUGCCCAAAUUUGAUGCUGCUCUUUUAUGUUGUGCAAUUAUUCCUGCGCGAGCUCUGCAAAAGUAAGAACCUCAUCCGCAUCGUGCCGAUGGAUAUGACGGAAUAUUACGAAACUCGAGCCGGGCCAUCCAACAUCGGCAACGUGAUCUCGCAGAUAGUCCUCUGUAAGCAGAUCACACCGGAUUUCUACGAGGAAGAAUUGUGCAGCAUCCAAAAGGACUCCGAGGAAAUUCGAGGCUUGAUGAACGAACUGCAAGAAUUUAUGCCCCAGUCGGGUGGCGAUAUAGAAAAGUACUCAGCUUUACAGAGUGCCGGAAGUAGGGGUAACCGUCCCAACGGUAGACGGAUGCAUCGAUGGAAUCAAAGCCACGAAAGGCCUAGCAGGCCUACCAGACAAUCGUCCUACUUUCGCGGAGCUUUGAAUCUCUUUUGUUGCGCCGCAAGAGCCAACUAUGUUUAAUCGAACUAAACGUAUUUGCCCACCUUUCUCUUAAAGUGAUCCUUUCACAAAAGUUUUUAAUAAUUUAUAUGCCUAAUUUCCUUUCAUUUUUAAUUUUCUAUCUGUAAAUUUUAAGACUAAGUGAUAAAAGGAGAACAAAUUUUCGCUAUAUUUUUAAAUCAAAAGGAUAUUCAACUCUAGUCGACUAGUCGAUAAGAAACCUGAUACUGAAGCUUUAUUUAGUUCAUAAGUACGGAUCUCUAAAUAUAGAAACAUAUUCGGUAUUUUUAUAAAAAAGUUUCAUUUACUGCGAAAUCGUUUAAAUAUAUUGAAAAAUCUGACUUAAACUUACGAUGCAAGUGAGUUGUUGCAUUGUUGAUCGACCACUCGAUUCCAUAAAAUUAUGAAGACAGAUCGAUUUCUUGAUAAAAUUUAAUUAGACUUCCUCUCGUCCCUCGAUCAGCACCAACGGCAUAAUAUCUAGCAUUUAAAGGAAAGAAAAGUCAAUGUAAAAACAAUCAUUAUAGAUGUGACAUUGUCGUUUAUUUGUGUAUUUACUAUUUGAAAUCCGAACUGUGAUGAACGAGCUCAAAUUUAUCGCUGAUCGGAUAGCAUAUAAGAAACUAUGCAUCAUGUUGGAAAGUAGAAAAAUAAAUGCCAACUGAAUUGGACGUUGAUCAUUUCAAUAGUGGACCAAUGUGAACCACGUAUCGCCCAUAUGCACAAUAAAAGUAACGCAAUUAAAAAGAAUUUAUACUUUGAGAUUUUAAUCGUAUUAGUCUCUGACAGUAUUCCAUCUUUAUCUAAUUAUAUUUCAUAAAAAUCAUGAUACGUUCGUAUCUUUUCAUUAUUGUCAUAUAUAUAUAAGGUCGUUAUUUAUACAUAAGUUAAUAAAAAGGAAACAUUUCACGCUUUUAACUCGUGUCAUUUUUUAUAACAAAUUGGCGAUACGGUUCUAUAAACGGUUCAUUUUAAUGUUAAAUGUAUUAUUAUAUGAAAUUGAAAAAAGAUAUAUGUAUAUGUGAAAUCUAUAUAUACACACAUACAUCUAUAUGUAUACACGUUACAUUGAACCGUAUAAAAGUAUAUAUAAUGUUGGUUUUACGGCCACGUAUCAAUAAACGAUAGUAAUUAUUAAUUAUUAUCAUUUCAUUGUUUACGGUAUUAAACGUAAUUGACUCCUUCCGCUAGUGAUGCUUCGACAUCUUUUGUAUUACUAUUUACGUUCGAUUUCAAUUAUCGAAAUAUUACACAGAGAAUAUUAGUGUAUGACUCAAAUUAUCGUUUUUUUUUUUAUUUAAAAACGAAUCAAUCUGAGUAUUGAGUAGAGAUCUAAAUAAGAAUAUAAAUAUGUAAAAGAAAGUAUAAAACGUUGUAUGACAUUGUAUGUAAAGCAUAAAAGUUAACGUUCAUGUCAUCGAUGUUAUGGAUGUUAUAUUCAUAAGGACCUCAUUACUUUGGUGAAUUCUUAAAUGUCUUCUUCAUUUGACGGUGUGAAGGAACUUGAACGUUAAAUCUUUCAUCCAAAUUCUCUAUCGGCAAAAAAUUUUAUUGUACGUUACAUCA